CCUCCUCUCCUUCUGCCCUCCCUCUACUUCCGCUAUCUCUCUAUUUUGGACCCUCAGAGGGGGCAGGGUGACUCUCAGUAGGUCAACCCCUUUUCCCCGCUUCCCUCUAUCUGUCUCUCUCUUUCUGUCUCACUUUCUCCAGCCUUUAACCAGCUAAAAACUGAAUCAAGUUGAAACUUUAACUCUUGGAAACAAACUAAACCUUCAAGAAGAAAUUGACAAGAACAAUAAAAAAAAAAAAACAAAGUGCUCAAUGGAUUUCUUUCCAUUUUUUCUUGCGGGGAAGGUUUUAGUGUAUUUUUAGAAGUGCUGUGAUCCAAGCUUAGCACAAUUGCUGUGUGCUUUUUGCUGCCGGAUUUGAGUGUUGCCUCUAUCAUCUUUCCUUUACAAUCAGCUGGGGCCAAAAAGGAUUUAACGAAGGAGUUACAUGCUUGUUUCUAUGGUAACACUGCAUUUCCCAAGCCACUGAAGGACUGAAGGUUAUCACUGAACAUCCAGCAAACUCAAAAGUCCAAGCUCUCUUCACCAAUGAGCAGUCAAGCUAACGGCGGGGCGGCAGUCCCUGCAGCUCGGACCAAUCAGAGGUCAUUUUUGGAUGAUGUCAUUUUGACCUUUAGUUCUCCAAUGGCCUGGCUGCUGGUUGUGGCUCUGAUCCUCACAUGGUCAGGAGUCGCCAUCGUUCUCUUUGAUCUGCUUGACUAUAAAACUCUGACAGAGUACACAUCAUACUGUGACGACCCCGUGUGUUUAUCUCCCGGUCUCCCUCCUCCUGCUGCCAUCGCUAAGAGAGGUUUGAGGGCUAGAGGUGGCGUUCGUCCAAUGAGAUCAAGCACCGCUGCAGUCCGUGGUGAUGUCGUAGCUCAGGAGAGCACUGAUUGGUUGGAGAUGAUCUGGACUUUUGCGGCCAGCCUGGUCGCUCCUGAUGAUGCGGAGGAAGCUUUCCAUUCUGAGGAGCUCUAAACAAGAGGAGGGUCGAGAGAGGAGAAGAAAGGACUAGUAUGAAGAGCUGGAGAGAGGAAGAGGAAGAGAGGAAGCAUAGAGACAAGAGUGUCUGACUGAAGAGGAAGAGAGGAUGUUAAGAAACAAAAGGAAGAGGAGGAUGUACAGUUUAUCACAGUUAUGUUUCUGUCUGUCUGUCUGUCGUUAUCUGGAAUUUGAUGGCUAAAAAGUGUCGAUCUGAAACUUUGCUUUUUGUUUCUUUUGUGAGUAAUUAAAACAAUAAAUUAAGACAUUAUUAUAGUCCAUAUCUGUGUUCUGCACACUUUUUUUCUGUUUUUACCCUAAAAGGUAAAACUUGAUGUUUAAAAAAACAGUUUUCAUUAUAAAGUUUUCUCAAUUUAAAGCUUUAUAUCAGUUGACUGGAUUGAAAAUUCAGAUUUUUUUCUUUGUUUUGUGUUUUUUGUGUUUUUUUGUUUUGGGACAUUUAAUUCUUCAUUCUAAAAAAGAAGCCAUGUCUAAGAUUUUGUAGCAGCUAGUGACGUUGUUGUGGUUUGCAACUGUCUAUCCUCGCAUCUAGGAGAAACUACAGUGAUCACGAAACAUGUGACAAAUGUGUAACGCCCUAUUUAGAGCCAGUGUUUAGUUUAGUUUAGUCUGUUCUGGGUGACUGUAGAUACAUGGCAGUUCAACAUGGAGGAUUAUAUAAAAGAGGACCCACGGCGUCUGAAUAAAAUCCUCAUUCUAAAUAAAAACACAUUUCUUAUUUUCAGGUGAUUACACACACGUA